AUGUCGAAAAGCAGCAGUACCUCUCCUCUUAUUGGUUCUUCCAAAAAACACCCUAUAUAUCAUGGAGUGAGGCGAAGAGGAAGAAAUGGAAAAUGGGUUUCUGAAAUCCGUGAGCCAAAAUCGCCAAACCGGAUUUGGCUUGGUACAUUCCCAACUCCUGAAAUGGCGGCGGUGGCUUACGAUGUCGCGGCACUGGCACUCAAGGGUGGAGCUGCCCAGUUUAAUUUCCCGACCUCCAUUUCUUCUUUGCCAGUGCCUGCCUCUGCCGCCUCUCGUGAUAUCCAGGCGGCUGCCGCUAGUGCAGCGGCAGCGGCAGGUGCGGCUAUGGAUGCUUUGGUAAGCUGUCAUGGUGGUGGUGUUACAGCUGAGCCACCUGCUAUCGAUGAGUUUAUGGAUGAGGAUUUGAUAUUUAAUAUGCCUAAUCUGAUAAUCGACAUGGCUGAAGGGAUGCUUCUUAGCCCUCCUCGUCUUGAUCUCAUAACCGAAGAGACUGCAACGGACCACAACCUGUGGAAUUACACUUGA